ACUGGCUUGAAGAAGAUUUUAAGUGCACGACUGACAGAGCCUCCAACCACCAUCCAACACGAUGCACGAUGCGACCACAACUCAGCAACAAGGAUACCACUUAUACUGUUGUAGUUGAGUUGCAAUCGACAAAAGCAAGUAACGAUGAAGAGCUCUUAUAUGAAGUUUUCUGACGAUGAUGAGCCUGGUGGCACUAGUAAUGGUACCAGCACUGGUUCUAGCAACAACAACGUAAUGGAACGAAACAUAGUGGAACGCAAUGUUUUGGAACGACCCAUUCGACCGCCACAGGCACCUGGUCAGUACCUUCAUCAGCACCAGUUUCCACAGGCUACCCUGCGUAAAAAGUCGCUCUUUGCCCAGAAUCGACAACAAGAACAGCAGAGUCAAAAUGGUAUCAAUACUACCGGUAAUAUGGCAUCCCCAUCCACCAAUGUGCCUCUGGGAGUCUUUGUCAAGAAGAAGAAAAACAGACAAAAGCUACACAAACAGCAGCACGAUCCCCAACCACAAAAAUCUUCCAAUGCAGCUUCAACCUCGGCUACACAGUAUCUGUCUCAAUCAACGCCACAACAGGUUCCUGUAUCACAGGCAGCUGCACAGGAUGCAGAAGCCAUGUUUGAGCGAAUGUCACCAGCAGAGCGAUUGGAAAAUGCCAAGGAACUACAAGCGGCUCUCUCACCUCAAGCUAUUGCGUACUUCAAAAACAGAAACAAAAUACAAAAACAGAAAAAUACAAACACAAACAAGAAGGACAAUAAUAAUAAGGGAAAACCCAUGGCCAUCCACGCAGGAGUCACAAUAGACCAGCAGAAGACGGAAAGGACCAACAAUAACAACAACCUGGAAGAACCAAAGCAAUCUACUACUAGUACCAGUAAUACCCGUACAUCCACAACCAAUGAUACCGAAGAAAAGCAGAGAAUUGCUCAACUAUUAUCCAAUGUCAAAACAGUCGAUGACUUGGACGCUGCAUACAAGGCUGAAGUCGGAGAUUUCUCCCCUCUCGCUUCGGAAUUGGGAAAUGAUAUCCAGCAAAAGGAACCCUUCCAAAUUGCAUGUAUGCUACUACGAUCCACUGUUCCCAGACAAAAUCUUUGGGCGGCCAAGAUUGUAUCACAACACUUUCAGCAGCAAUGGGAACUGGGACGGCUCUGCUCUGUAGUUCCGGAACAACAAACUCAAACACAAGAAACUCCACCGUGGCCUUAUCCUGUCCUCAUGCCAGCCGCGCUGAGGUGUUUGUUGGAUGCGCCAGCUACCCAAACAGGAGUCAUUAUUCAUACUUUUGUACUCAACGCAAUCUACAACUUACUCAGGCUGCGGUCUUGUGCCGAACAUGUCGUAGACAUCAAUGACAUGGUGCAAAACGACAAUGUACAUGCCACUGCCAUUCAUCAACUAUGCUUCCUAGAAGAUGCUAUUCCCACUCCACCCGUUGGAAGCACUUAUCCAUCGACUGACAGUGUACAGGCUAUUGCAUCCGACAUUGCUUCGUCUACAGCAACACCCGCCGCAUACAAGACUUCAUCCUCUUCCAAGUCGGCCAAGACCGAUGGGGAAGCUUUUGGAAAGGAUCCCAGUUGGACACUCCUUUCCAAAAUGUGCAUACUCCCUCGAUUGGCACAAUUAGUGCUGAAAUCGUCAUCAUCAUCAAGUCCCCAGCAGCAACAAUCCUUACCGAACGAAGCACUAACGGCUAUUUGUGGAAUUCUUGCCAUCAUUGGCCAAAGGUCUCCGGGCACGGCUACCGCCAUUGUUUUUCAUCCUACCUUAUUGAGGGACCUGUUGGAUCAUGCUCUCAAGCCGCAGCAUAGGGAAGAUCACAAAGAUGAUAUUGGCACAGCGCAAAAUCCAUAUGACGUGGCUCUGGCUUUGCCGGCCAUACGGCUACUUGGAACAUUGGCUCGACAAUCGCGUGUCGUGGCAGAAAGGAUCCUGGCGGUCUUUGAUGAAUACGUCCCACCCAUACUGGCAAUAAAGCCAAAGACCAAGCCAGAACAUACUCUGCAAGUAUGGUCGCUAAUACUGUGGCGAACGCUACUUCGAUACGGAUUGGGCGUUCCCCAAAUUCCUACCAUGAUUGCACUUUCGGUGCGGCACAUGGUGGCCACGACUGCGGGAGCGGAACGGGAGGGUCGAAAAGCAAUGCCGUUUUCACUGGCAACAGAAUUUUCGACGUGCUUCGCCCAUGUCUUGUUUUGUAGUCAAACUGCAAGAACACAGCUAUCAGAACAAAAUCAGAACAGCAAUGACGGCGAAAUCACAAAGGAAGAUGUGGACGAGUCGGUGCUGGCAGCCAAUCGGUGGCUGUCCUCUACGGCGAAGCAAGCAGUGGCCAGUCUCGAAACAUGCUCCUUCGUCAAUGACAAGGAGGCCAUCUCAGCACAACAAUUGCAAUUCUGGGCUGCGCAACUCCAGUUUAUGUCCGCCUACCUUGACACGUCAGCGGAGGAUUCGAUACCAGUUUUGGAUUCGACAAUACGCGACAAAUGGAUCAGCAUCUGCCAAAGCGCCCUUGUCGCCUUUAUGAGGCAAGACGUUUUGAAGACAACACUCAAUGCCCUUUGUGCAGCAGUUUUCGCGUGCAGCUUUUCGGAGUUGCCCGACCCAAUUGACGGGCUGGUCUAUGAGGCGAGCGCAUGUGCAUUCUUGUGCUCAUUUGUUUCUCUGCAGUUCUGCCUUGUCAAGCUGAUACUCGGUCAGAGCAAGAGUACUUUAGAUGCCGGCGAUGCAGAUUCUGGGGCUACUUUGGAGUCGAGCAAACUCGUUUUUGCAGAGUUUGCAUCUAUUCUUGAAACGACUCUGGCUAUGCCUUUACUGGCAUCGUCGAGAUCGAGAGUGGUGACAGGCCCUCCCUGUCCUCGCAGAGGAUGGUUGAACAGAACAUGUUUUGCUUCGAUUCAAAUGUUGGAAGCCGCCAAGAGCUAUUUUUCACUAUCGACUGGGCACAGCGAAGUCACGCGAACACUUCAAUUUUCUCUCUUGGGAAGACUCGAACGGGGCGAUGAAGCCAUGGCCGCGGUGCUGUUAAGCCAGGAUUCUUCUUUCGAUGUUCGCGAGGUGCAAACAUCUGCGAAAAGGGAAGGGAAAUUUUCGUUGAUUUCGUCCGUUUUUCUAAAGGAGCUAUGCGUGGAGAGUUCCGCGAGACUUCAGCUUGAACACAGCUUCAAUCUUCUGAGACAUGGACCUGGGGUGUCCCGAGACGAAUUUGGUAUAUCAAAACUUCGGUUGCUGCUCAGCGAUGUCGACUCGAUUGUUCCGUCACGGAAUCACGACUUCUUAUUGCCAAUUGGUACUCUGUGGCUUUGGAUGACGUUGUCAAGCUCAGUCUCCAGUGCACCUUCUAAUGAUGGCACAAUACACGAAGAGGACACAGCAAGCGAACAGUCGUACGGUACCGAGGUUUUGUCGUCAUCCCUACGCUUGAUCUCAGAACUAGAACAAAGCUCAACACCGGGGGAUCAAAUCAAUCCAUUCAACUACGCCGCACAGAUCGACAACGGAGCCAAGGCCUAUCAUUUGCUUCUACUAUGUUUCCACCCAGAGCACAUCUUGCAAAGCGACGAGGUGGCUGGUCCUGCAGAGUUCCUACUCGAGCUAUAUACCCGAGACAUGGACAACUCUUUUGCUGUUGCAUUCGCUAGGGCGUGCUUGCUUCAUUCAUCUGGCAAGAAGAAGAAGUUCCAGGAUGAUUCUUCUGAAGCAACAGGCACAUCGUCGAAGGCGGAAAAAAUCGUGUCAGAACUGCUUCACGGACGUGAGGCGGAUCGUCGGGGACUGCUCAGUGAAGAUGAAACACGUGCAGUGUUGGGUUUUUUAAAUGAGCUCUGUGAUGUGUUCUUGCAAUACGGAGCGCAGUACGACUUUUGUGUCCGCUGCGUUCGCUGUUUUUUGAUGCCCACGUUCCCGUCUCGAAUUAGAUGCAAAGCUGCGAGCCGCCUGGGUGACGUGUUGAGCGUGAUAUCGCUUCCAGGGGAAGAGGACCCGUGGUCGGAUGCUGGCAGGCUUAUGCUGGUUCCAUUGCUGGAACGAAGCAUUCCGGGAUCGUCACCAGAAGAUGGUGGGUUGACGACAGAAGAUGGUGGGUUGACGAGGGAAUCACCACAGUUUCUGGACGCCCUUGUGGCCGUCUACGGAAAAGGAGGAAAUCCUCGAGUGCAAGUUGGAUACACGCUGAUCCUCUUCGUACUGGUGCAUGCUCGCCACCUCGCAAUGUGUUUGCAGCCAGGAUGGGUUGGCCUAGAGGCCGAACUAAAAAGGCUGCAGAAAGUCAACGACGAAGUCGCCUCCAUGGUUACCAAUGCUGCUAGGAAGAUCUCGAGGUGCACCGCCAACAGCAAAUCAGAUAUGGUCGAGGCAGCCAUAGACGCGGUACAACGCAAAGAUGCGUGAUUGAGAGGGUGAUCACAUAGAGAGAAUAUAGUACUACUUAUAGUGCGUACAAUUGCCAGCUAGCUUGUUUCUUGGCCGAAUCAUGUCCCUUCUAGCUCCACCAUGCACC